CCGCUGGUAUCUGGCACCAUGUCGGUGCGGACGCUACCGCUGCUCUUCUUGAACUUGGGCGGGGAGAUGCUUUACAUCCUGGACCAGCGGCUGCGGGCCCAGAACAUCCCGGGAGACAAGGCCCGCAAAGGAAUCUCUACACCCAAUGUGGGCUCAGACUGACAACCCCAAGAUCAAGAGUCGCACACUCCACCAACUGAGCCAGCCAGGCGCCCAGAUGCUUUUUAGUGCUGGCCUGAGCGCUCAGGGUACCUGUAUCCAUGACUUAAAGUUCUGCACGACAUCAUCUCAACCAUGUUCAAUCGAAAGUUUAUGGAGGAAUUGUUCAAACCCCAAGAGCUCUACUCCAAGAAGGCCCUGAGGACCGUCUACGACCGCCUGGCUCAUGCCUCCAUUAUGAGACUGAACCAGGCCAGCAUGGAUAAGCUCUAUGACCUGAUGACUAUGGCUUUCAAACACCAAGUUUUGCUGUGUCCCCGCCCCAAGGAUGUGUUGCUCGUCACUUUCAAUCAUUUAGAUGCCAUCAAGGGAUUCAUCCAAGACUCCCCAGCCAUCCUGCAUCAAGUGGAGGAGAUUUUCCGGCAGCUGACUGAAGUGAAGUGCUUCUUUCUGCUUUGCCUCUGGCAGACAUACGGGGGCCUCUCUGCGGGGGAGUUCCAGCUGAUCCGGCAGACCCUCCUCACCUUCUUCCAGGACCUGCACAUCCGGGUAUCCUUAUUUCUAAAGGACAAAGUCCAGAAUUCCAACGGUCGCUUCGUGUUGCCGGUGUCCGGGCCCGUUCCCUGGGGAACUGAAGUUCCUGGACUCAUCAGAAUGUUCGACAGCAAAGGCAAAGAAGUGAAGAAGGUAGAAUUCAAGCAUGGUGGAAACUAUGUCACUGCACCAAAAGAAGGUUCUUUUGAACUUUAUGGAGACCGAGUCCUGAAACUGGGAACCAAUAUGUACAGUAUGAACCGGCCGGUGGAAACCCAUAUGUCUGGGGCAUCAAAAAACUUAGCUCCACGGACCCAGGAAAACAUUGCUCCAAACCCUCUUGCUAAAGAAGAGCUGAAUUUCUUGGCCAGGCUGAUGGGAGGGAUGGAGAUUAAGAAAUCCAGUGGCCCUGAGCCAGGAUUCCGGUUGAAUCUCUUCACCACUGAUGAAGAGGAGGAACAAGCAGCCCUAACCAGGCCAGAAGAGUUGUCCUACGAAGUUAUCAACAUACAAGCUACUCAGGACCAGCAAAGGAAUGAAGAGCUGGCUCGCAUCAUGGGGGAGCUGGAGGUCACGGACCAGCCGAGGCAGAGUGCCAGCAAGGGGGAUGAUCUACUUGCCAUGAUGGAUGGGCUGUAGGUGUACUGGCCCGGGACCCUCGGCCCCCUGUGGGGCGGGCUCCCCAAUAAGGACCCCAGAGACGCCUUGGGGAGCAACAUGAUGUCGCUGGUUUUCUCCGGAGUGAGCAGGUACCUCCCGUUCCUGUUUGUGUUGUAACUGAACUACACAAGUCUCCCUCAAGGAGCACAGUGUCCGGAAGGCACACACAUACCCACGUUCUCACCAAAAUAUAUUCUGCAUUUUAAAUUGGA